AUUUUCAACCCAAGAGUCUGUGUGGGUAAAACAUGGAACUAACCCAAUUUUGUUUUGUUUUCCAGGAUUUGUAUGGUAGAAGUUGGACUCGCAUCUCUGAAAUCAUUCCCACUCGGACAAGCCUGCAAGUGAAGAACUAUGCCCAGCAAUACUUCAAGAAUCUAGCCAAGAAGGCUGAUGCUGCCUCUGCCGUUGUGUCAUCUACGUCUCGAGAUCUUCCCCUUGGCUCAACACAACUGACCUCCCACCUCAGCCAGUCUGCUGACCCUCUGGCAAAUGUCCUUGCUUCCGUCACAACUGCCCAGCCCACCGUCACAUCCUUCUCUAGUUCAGCUAAUCAGAACAGAAAGACUUCUCUGUCUAAGCAGUCCAAAAACAAGAAGAAAAGCCAAAAUUCCACCAAAGCAGACUCUCAAAUAGACCCAGCCCAAGGCAUAAGCAAUGGUCUUGAUGGUGUUUUGCCAUCUGCAAAUACAAUUGUUGGUAUUUCUGGUCUGCAGGAUCUACAGUGUGGCUCCUACACAGGGAAUGUGGACACAAGUGAACUGUCUCCCAGUGUUAAUCUGUCUGGGGUAGGGUUCUUGUCUGGGAGUAAGGAAUUAGGUUUUGACAGCUCGGUUGGGACGCUGAUCCAUAUCGCUUCCCGGGCUGGACACUUUGGCUGCUGUUGUUGAGAGUGAUUUUAGUGCAAGUGAUCUCCAGACUCUCACAACAGUCUCAGCUGAUGGAUCAGAAGUUGUUCAGUCCGACAUUCUUGCUUCUGUUGUACAACAACCUGAAGGUAAAGAUGAGGCUCUGCAGAAGGAAACCGACGCUUCUUCGGAUGAAAUUGGCAACUUAAGCUCAAAUUCAGUUGACGAAGAAGAAGAUGUGGAUAUUGAUAUUGAAAAUGAUGAUGAUGAUAUUGACAACCCUAUACUGUUAGGAAGGUCGGCUUCACCUAGCUCUGUGUAUGAGAAGUUGCUACGAUCGGCUAAUGUUACACCAACAGAGCUGGGCGAUGGUGAACAGUCUGAUGAAGGAGACACUGAUGCUGAUGUAGCUGCAGCUGAUGUAGACAGUGUUACUCAGGGGAGAUCUGAGAAAUUAGAAGGUGCUAUGGUGGAGAGUGUCAGUGAAUGUUUUACUGACAAUAAGCAAGAUGCCAAAGUCAGUGCUAGUGGAACAGGGGAAUAUAUUCAGCCUGAACCGCCCAUGGAAUAUUGUGAGAGUUGUGAAGAAGGGAAUGUUCUACAGGAUGUGCCAAAAAUUGAAGAGAAAG